UGUGGUAUUACCUACCUAUCUGAGCCGAGCACGGGCGCCUCUGCUCCUCCUAGCGGGUCGUCGCUCGCUCGUCGAGAGCAGUUCCAGAAACAGCCUUAUCAUUUCAAGGUUAUUUUUCGUUACUCAAGGGCCUUUACAUUCUGAUCCUAUGGGAGUAUUUAUUUUCACGGCGUUGCUCUGGACAUUUAGUGGAGUGGGAUGUCUGCCACUAUCCUCACCUCCUGUGGAUGGAAAGGUAACUGAUUGUUUUCAGGACUCUCUGAAGGGUAAUGGAGCUGUUCCGCAUCCUGGUUGUGAGACGCAACUAACAGCAGGUAAUGCGUUACAAAGGCACCAGGGCCUGUUGAGGGAACUGCAGGAGCUUGCCCAGGACGAGAGGGAGAGGGAGCAGGAGUUCAGGAGGAAGAAGGAGCUGUAUGAGGGGAACCAGUCUGAGGGAGAGAAGAGCCAAGAAGAGAGAGAGGAGAAGAACAAUGAACUGAGGAUGAAAAAAGUGACAGAGGAGGAGGAAGCAAAGGUAGAAAUGAUGGACAGAACAAAGGACGAGAUGAGGGAGGAGCCCAGACUAGAGGAGAAAAGUGCUGAUGAGGAGGAGAGCACCAAAGAGCUAGAGGAGCUCCUCGCGGCUGAAAUCACAAAGAAAGCGGAGGAGGAAAACGAUGACAGGGAACUUGAGGAACUGCUCAAAGAGCUUAAAAAGAAAAGGUACGAGUCGGCGAAGGAAAAAGAGCUCCAGCAAGGGUCAGAAGCUGAGGAGGAGAGAAGGAAGAAAGAGGAGGAAGAGAAGGAGGAACAGAGAAAGGGAGAGAAAAGGCGUCUAGAAAUCCUUGAAAGUGAAGAGAAGAAACGCAGCGAAGAGAGAAAGAACAACGAGGUGGAGCUCCUCGUGGAGAAAGAGAAGGUGGAGCGAGAGCUCAAAGAGCUUCUGAAAGAACAGGAUAGCAAGAAGAAUGCAGAGAAGGAGAAAGAGAGAGAGGAAAAACAGGAGGAACUAGAGGAGCUCCUUAAAAAAAUGAAACACGUCAAAGAGGAGGAGCAAGAAGAAGAGGAGGAGAAAAAUAGAGAGAAAGCCAGGGAGGCGGAGACGGUGAACGGACAUGGUCAGGAGCAGGUUGCCACUCCUCGGGAACUGGGGACGGAAGCUGGAGAGGACGACGAUGUGAAGGAGCCUCAGCAGAAACGAAUGAUGGAGAAAGCGAGUGAUGAAAGCACCCGGCAAUUUGAAAAGGAAAGGUACAGGGACAAUGAUGAUGAUGAUGAAGAAGAUGAGGAUGUGGAGGAGGAAGACUGGGAAGAGGAAGAGUCAGAUGUGGAGAGAAAGGAUAAUGAUGAUGAUGAUGAUGCUGAGAAGGAUGAAGGAGAUGAGCUUCUGGAGAUUGAGGCUGAGCUGCGAAAAGUGACUGCAGAACUUCGAGAGCUACGUAGGGGUCAUUAAGGUCGAAAUGAUCAUGCAGAUGCAUACACACAAACACACACCCACACACCCACACACAACCACACACAGGUAAGAUGCCCUGCUAGGCCUAGCUGGUAAAGGUUUGAAUCAUACGUUCAUGUCCAGUUGCGGUCAACUAUAUAAAAGAUGUAUGUAUACUUGAGUUUGCUUUGGUUGAAAUGGCUGCUGUGUGGCACAUAUAUCAUACAAACAGCAUAUUUACAACACACACAUUGUACCUGUAUUCUGGAUUAUACAAUUAUGAAUAACAUGACACAAGACUUUUUCACAUGCGUCACACUCAGAAACAUGAACAACUAAAUAGAUACGUGGAUUGAUCAUAACGCUUUUGAUGGCAUAUAUUUCUGUAUUGUUGUUCCAUUAAACCCCCCCCUCGCAAUCAGAGAUUACAAGGUCUUUAGACAUGUUGCCGUUAUCAGAGAUUGUUUAGUAAGAUGAGAAAUCACCAUAUGUAAAGCUUUCGUUAGGUCAGAGAUUGAUUAGUUAGGAAGAUGUGUAUAUAUGACCUGCUGAUGUAAAACUUUGGUUAGGUCAUAUAUUGCUUAGUGAGCAAGAUGUAAGAUCUGCUAGUGUAAAGCUCUAGUUACAUCUGAGUUUCUGAACCCUAUCCCAGAUGUAAGAUCUGCUAGUGUAAAGCUCUAGUUACAUCUGAGUUUCUGAACCUUCUCCCAGAUGUAAGAUCUGCUAGUGUAAAGCUCUAGUUACAUCUGAGUUUCUGAACCUUCUUCCAGAUGUAAGAUCUGCUGGUGUUCCGUACACAUUUUCAAAGCUUGAGGAUUUGUUGACUAAUUGAAUCAGCUGUACACUUAUAGGGUUAAAACAAAUACCUGAAAUGUCAGAGUGGAGAGGAUUGGGAAACCCAGGCUACAUUUCAGGAUUUAAGGUCUUUCAAUGGCAUAGCGGUCCUCUUUACAACUUGUCCUAUGUAUAUAGAUGUUGUGCAAUAAUGAAAUGUGAGCUUUGUUGCUGUCACUUUAACUCUGUUAUAAUAUUGACCAUAUUGAUUCAUGUGAUUGAGUUCCAUGUGUUUGUAUUGACAAAAUGUCAGGGUUAUGUUUAAUCUGGCUCAUGCACUGUUAAUGUUAGACUGUUAAUGAAGAAACCGGGGUGACAAUGAGAAUGAACAUGACAAUGGGGACCUCGGUAGUAAGAGAUGUCAUAGUGUUUCCGAAGCUAUGAAAGCCAAGUACAGUGGUCAUAACUUGGGGUUCAACUGAGGUUGGUCCCCACGGAGUUCUUAAACCCCCCCCCCCCCCCAAAAAAAAAAACCCAUAAUGAAUAUUAACACCCACCCGGCGCUUCUAAAAUAUUUUAUAUCCUCACACAGAAAUAAGCCCUGCAAUUAUAUUAGCAACAUCUAUCAUCUAUUGUAAUCUAACAGUACACUUCAGAGCCUAUGAAAGGAAUGGUCUGAGGAACGACGGGGUACUCCUCACACUGUGAUAAUCAUGUUAGAUGUCUAAACUACAGACCCUAAACGUUAUCUUUUUGAUCGUUAGCAACAUGUUGUUUGCUUGAAUGUCCCCCUCCCCCCAACAAAAAAAAAAGGCUUUCACUGCCAAGGGUUUAGUCCAAUAAUAGUCUAACUUUUACACCUGACCAUGUUAAUAAACCCAGCGCUCCACAUCCAUUCAACACUGUUGUGGGAGUCAGAUUUGCUGGGCUCUUAUUUGGAUUAUGGGACCUAGCUCAAUUGAACCCCUGGUCGUAACGUACUGAUUUUACAAGUAUAGUAGAAAUGGUCCGCAACAAGAUUUGCAGGGUUUUUCCUGACACUCAGGCCUUUCCGUUUGCUAGUUUGGUCACCCAGGUGGACAAGGUCAUAGAAAUAGAAUGAAUCGAUCUGUCCAUCCUAGUAAUUCUACUUCUAUGCCCAGGGUCAAGACACCACCCCAGUUUUUCACCCAGCUUUGCACUCUUAUCUCAAUCAGCCAAGGAGGUCUAAAGCAGGGAGAGACGAUGACAAGCCAUCUCUAGUAUCUGGUAGUAAUAAACGCUGAAGACUGUUUUAAAACCUUUUUAAGGUGGCGGGUUAAAUAUAAUCGUUUCGUUGUUUCAUGUGAUCACUGGUACGUAGCAGCCUUGUUUGAAUGAGACGUCCUGGGAAACAGUACCCCCUUGUGUCCAUUCAGUAGUGGUGCACUGCUCUCUGCAAGUUGGCAAGGGUUUACACGAGUGGUGACCAUUUAUGGCAGUUACGUUCAUAAAAACAUUAACUCAUGAUAUAACAUAUGAAGCUAUACAAAUCUACAUAAUAACGUAUGCAAUAAAGCCAAAUAUAUCAUCAUGCAUUUCAGUAAAUGUCCUUUAUUAACUUCAAAUUCAACAUUAAUGGACUUUUAAAUAUCAGUCAUCCCUUUUCUAUUGGACAUUGAUUCACGGUGACAUUGUUACACUGGUUUCUCUCUGGGGAUGUGUCCGAAAAAUGACAGGAAAGCCAGCACACGGCCAAUGCUCCGGACUAAACGCUAUAUUUAGAUUAACGUUUCCUCUAGAUUAAUUAAUCUUAUUUUAAAGUGUUCUUUACUAGCCCGGUUACCUGCACUUUUACGGUUGUGUAACAAAGCCAACACGCCUACUUUAUAAAUGGAAUCAACAUGAUGCGAGAAGUCGAGCUGAGUCCACUCGGUGUCCUGAGAUUAACUUAAGAAUGUACACAUGUUCAACAUUAAGAAAUGUAUUUACCAAAACGGGUAGUAGGAAGUGAGUGGACUGAACAGGAGACAUUCGCUGGAGGUCAACGUCUGUGCUGUUAUUUGUGCCUGCUGUAUCUUUUGUGCUGCCUGUCGAUCAAUAAAAGCACAGUCUAUGAUA